GUCUCCACAGGCCCAUGCAAACUCUUCCGGAAGAGACCCUGGAGAGUGACGAAUUUACCCACUACCCACACUCGCUGACAGAGUCACUGGGACGAGGCGAUUCCUCCCACCACCACCAGGCUCCCCCAAAUCGCUCGCACCCGCCACUAACCCUAGCGACAUCCGCGCUCCCAAUCGCUCGGCCUCCCGCCGGAGCCCCAGAUCCGCGGCCGCUUCCUCCCGCGCCGGUGGCGACCUUCCCGGAUCGGAGCCAAGAUGACGGAGUCGAUGGUGCGGAACAAGCCGGGGAUGGCGAGCGUCAAGGACAUGCCGGUGCUGCAGGACGGGCCGCCGCCCGGCGGGUUCGCGCCCGUGCGCUACGCGCGCCGCAUCCCCAACAAGGGCCCCAGCGCCAUCGCCCUCUUCCUCACCACCUUCGGCGCCUUCUCCUGGGGCAUGUACCAGGUCGGGCAGGGGAACAAGGUCCGCCGUGCACUGAAGGAGGAGAAAAUCGCUGCCCGUAGUGCUAUACUGCCGAUGCUCCAAGCUGAAGAGGAUGAAAGAUUUGUCAAAGAAUGGAAGAAGUAUCUUGAGGAGGAAGCGAGGAUCAUGAAAAAUGUUCCUGGAUGGAAAGUCGGUGAGAGCGUGUACAAUUCUGGGAAAUGGAUGCCUCCUGCAACCGGUGAGCUGCGUCCAGAGGUUUGGUAAGGUCCAAGGUCUUGCUUCAGCCCAUCGAGGAUGGCGUCGUGCCUUGAGGGCAUGAAUAAGGCUUUCAGACCUGGAUACCCCGAAAUUUGCUACGAGGAAUACAUACUUGAGCACUCGUCGUGUGUUUCUUCUGUUGACGGAAUUUGAAUGGCUAAUAAUUGGACAGAGCAAGCCGGCUUUGGUCUUUAUAUGAACCAUCUUCUUUUGUUGAUGUAACGUGUCUUUGUAUUGCUACGGCUAUUUUGACUCUUGUCUUUCUUUCAGUUGCGACAUUGAACAUGGAUAUACUAUUCCUUUUUUGUCA